AUGCAUCAGGAAGGGAAUGAUUUCUUUAAUAAAUUUAAUAUAUAUUAAAUGGAAUGUGUUUAUAAACAUAAAAGUUGUUCUGUUUUAUUAGUCCUUGAUAAAUAAAAAUUUAAUUAGAAGGAAAGAUUGAUUUGUGCUGAUUGUUUAGAAGAACAUAAAGGAAGUUUAAGUAUGACUAUUAGUGAUGAAUCAGUAUAAAUAUAAAUAUAUAAUUAGGAUAAGCUGAGAAAUUAUGUCCAUGCACAAAAAAAAUAAAGUAUUAAUGAAAUUGAUUAAUUUACUCGAUAUCUUUAUAAACUUAAGGAAAAUCUAAUAAAGGUUAUUGACAUUAUUAUAGUGAAUUCUCAUUAAUAGAAGGAUGAAUUGAAUUAGAGUAAUGAUGAUACUUAUGAUGAUGAUUAAAUUUAUUUAGAAAUAGAGAGAAUAAAUAAGAUUAAUAAAUAUUAUUAAAAUAAAUUGGAAAGUUCUGUUACAAUUAUAAAAUAAAUAGUGAAUAUUAUCGAAAAAGAAACAUAUAAUUUAACAAAAACAUUAAUAGAUUUAAAAGAUUACGAAGACUUCAACGAGAAGCCUAUAAAAAAAGUAUAAAUGAAUUCAUUAGAAUGUAAAAGUUAAGUAUUUAGUGAAAAGCACUAAGAAUUCAUUUAUCAAUAAGUAUAAGAAGUUCAUUAAAAAUAAUGGUGUUUUGCACUUGCUUUUAAUAAAAUAGGUUCAAUAAUGGCUGGAGCAGCUAAAAAAGAUAUAAAAAUUUGGAAUUUUGAAAAAGGUUAAUUAAAAGAUUCUGGAAUAAUCUUAAAAGGUCAUCAAUAAGAUGUUACUUGUAUAAUUUUUAGUAAGAAAUAAAAUUGGCUAAUAUCUGGAAGUAUAGAUUGCAAAAUAAUUGGAUGGAAAUAAUUGUAAAACUCUAAUUAAUGGGAAUCAUAAUACACUUGUGAAGCUCAAUCAAUUGUUUGGUGCUUAUUUUUAAAUUAAAAUGAAAAUUAAAUAUUUUCUGGACAUUCAAAUGGAUCAAUCAAAGUAUGGAAUUUGAACUAAGAUAAAAAUAUAUUAAAAUUUCAUUAUUAACUUAAUAAACAUAGCAAGCAUAUUGGUUAAAUUAGUAUGAAUGAAGAUGAAACAUAACUUGUAUCAUGUAGUGAUGAUAAAACUAUUAUUGUUUGGGAAAAAAAAAUAAAUCAAAGAAGAUUUAAAUUUAAAUAAGUCUUAGAAAAUCUCAAAAAUGAUAAUGGCUUCAGAGUUUGUUUUCUUAAUUAAAAUACCAUUGCUUGGUGUUAAGAAAACUAGGCAUUAAUUCAUAUAUUUAAAUAAGAAGCAGAAACAUUUGUAGAGAAAAAUGAACUUCAAAUCAACUUAAAAUAUUUUGAUCUAAAAGAUGGAUAAUCUCUAUUUCCUUCUAUAUAUAAUAAAGAAAAAUAAAUUUUCAUCAUUAAACAUAACAAAUAUGUUUACAUUUUAAGUUAUUAAAAUUAAAUAUUAAAUGCUUAAAUAGAACCUAUUGAUUGUAGAUCUUGUAAAAAUUAUGGUAAUGUUACUGAGGAUGGAAAUUAUUUAAUUAUUUGGAAUGAUGAGACAUUAUCAUUUCAUGUUUAUCAAUUGAAAUAUCAAUGA